AUGGCUCCUACCAAGGUCGGUAUCAACGGAUUCGGCCGUAUCGGUCGUAUCGUCUUCCGCAAUGCUGUUGAGCACGAUGACAUUGACAUUGUCGCCGUCAACGAUCCCUUCAUUGAACCCCACUACGCUGCAUACAUGCUCAAGUAUGACUCUACCCAUGGCCAAUUCAAGGGCACAAUCGAGGCCGUCGAGGAUGGCUUGAAAGUCAAUGGCAAGGUCGUCAAGUUCUACUCCAAGAGGGAGCCCGCCGACAUCCCAUGGAGCGAGACCGGUGCAUACUACAUUGUUGAGUCUACUGGUGUCUUCACCACCACUGAGAAGGCCAAGGCUCAUUUGAAGGGUGGCGCCAAGAAGGUUGUCAUCUCUGCUCCUUCUGGCGAUGCUCCCAUGUACGUUAUGGGUGUCAACGAGAAGACCUACAAGUCUGAUGUUGAGGUCAUCUCCAACGCCUCAUGCACAACCAACUGCCUCGCUCCACUUGCCAAGGUUAUCAACGACAAGUUCACCAUCAUUGAGGGUCUCAUGACCACCAUUCACUCCUACACUGCCACCCAAAAGACUGUCGACGGUCCAUCCUCCAAGGACUGGCGUGGAGGCCGUACUGCGGCUCAAAACAUCAUCCCUUCCAGCACCGGUGCCGCAAAGGCUGUCGGAAAGGUCAUCCCAGCUCUCAAUGGCAAACUUACUGGAAUGUCCAUGCGUGUACCAACCUCCAACGUUUCCGUUGUUGAUUUGACUGUCCGCAUUGAGAAGGGUGCUACUUAUGAUGAGAUCAAGGCUGUCAUCAAGGAAGCUUCUGAGGGCGAGCUUAAGGGCAUAUUGGCCUACACUGAGGAUGCUGUUGUCAGCACCGAUUUGAACGGAGACACCCACUCCUCAAUCUUCGAUGCCAAGGCUGGUAUCUCGUUGAAUGACAACUUCGUAAAAUUGGUCGCAUGGUAUGAUAACGAAUGGGGAUACUCCCGCCGUGUUCUUGACCUCCUCAGCUACAUUGCCAAGGUUGAUGCCGGUGCCAAGUAG